GCCUUUGAUUGUUGGUUGGUUGGUUUCUGCGUCGCCUCCGCGGUCGCGCGAAUUUUCAGGAGAGAAAGGGUGGAAAAUGCAGCGCGACGCCUAUGCAGCGCUGGUCAAAUUCCCAAAAGCGCGCAAGGUGCCGCUGCGCGUCAUGCAGUUAAAUGGCAAGGUUUUUCACGAGAACGUGUUAGCAAGAACCUUCCUCGGCUACAAACUACGACGUCUGGCACUCAUGACCUAUACCGCCGGCCAAGACCCGCGGCUUCCGCGCCUGCCGCGCGACAUUAUCGUCCCCACCUUUGCGUCUCUCCUCAAGAUCCAUCAGCCGCACUUUAUGUACCGACUUCUGCCGCUGCUCUCGGCCGACGUGGAAACUUUUGCUGCCAUGCAGUCCAUCUGCUCCUCGAGCGGCUCGCCGUUUUCACUGCAGGAUCGCGUUGACGCCUCCGUGCUCAACUUCCGACUGCUGAACAUGUGUUGCCACCGCGACAAAAUUUGCGACUUUUUUAAAGAAGGCACGGCACCGUCGGAGCUACUCAUGCCCACCGCGACGCGACGCCUCCCCAUAACAGGGGUUCUCUUUCAAGGAAUUCUGUUUCGCGAGAAGAUGCCGCUGACGGGUGCGCUGCCGCCAGAUUGCGUGUCAACUCCGUCAUCGUCACCGUCGUUGCAGCAGCGCUUGCGGGGGAAAGGAGCUGUGUUCAUCACAGCACAUGAAUACUGCACCGAGGCCGCUAUUCACCAGCGCGUUCUCAUGACACAAUUCUUCCGCUCCUCACUUUACGUAGAAGCUGUGGGAGGCGUGCCUAUGGUGAACCUCAUUCACAGCACCACACACCAGUGGCACGUGAUGGCCGUACGCCGGCGGAUUGGUGGAGGUAUGAACGGACUAAACGAGCAGCAGUGGCGAACGCGCUUGGUUCGGCUGGCGCAAAAGGAGAACCUACUGCUAUACGAAAAAGUUGAUGAGGGCGUGUACGAGUAUGUGCAGUAG